UAUGGCGUCCCCCCUCUCCCUCACUCAGUCACAGCCUCAACACUGGAGCAAAGCUCAGCAUCUUCAGAUCAUCAUCUGGUCGACAACAACAGCUACAGUCAUGAAUGUUGGCAUCUGUGUGUGUGUUCUCCUGGCUGCUUUGUCCAGUGGUUCCCUGAGUCUGGCUUCACCAUCCAUGAAAGCUGAGGGUAAGGCUCUUGUGACAGACAGCCUACCUCCUCCAUCACCCAACCGCACACGCCUGGCCCGCUCAGCUCCAGCGUCCCCCUCGGGACAUCUCUCUAACUACAACCAGCCCCAGGAGGACGCCCCAAACAGCCUGAGCCAGCUACUGGCCCGACUCAUCAAUAGGAAAGGCUCUCCCUAUCAGACCAGAUCCUCCCUCACGAGCAGAGCCAGCGGCGUCGUCGUCCCCGGCCACAGGAUAAAGGACAGAGAUUACCUCGGCUGGAUGGACUUUGGAAGACGCAGCGCGGAGGAGUAUGAAUACUCUGCCUAAAGGCUUGGCUCGACUGCCAAAACCCCUGCACCCUCACCCUCACCCCCCCAAAAAAAAUCUUAAUCCCCUUUCACACUGCACUUACCGUAACCCAGGGCGAGGUCCUAAAGUGGUUUUUAGCAUCGUAUCGUAAACAGUAAGCAGGGAAGAUGAUCCUUUCCCAGAGCACAGAUCUGCACACACUGUGAACUCCUAACAGACACACAGAGCUCAAGAGCACUUUGCAAAAAGUUCCUCACAACAUGUCACUUUUUAGGAUGUAAAUCAUUGAAAAUGAAAAUGUGAAGGCUCUGUAUUUCUCUAAAACACAUGGGAAGGUUUUGUUUUACUGAAUCACAAGAGAAUUAAAACCUGUAUGUGGGUUUUAUUCAAAAUACAUAUACUUUGGAUAUAAGUUCAACAGAGUUUUAUCAUUGCAGGGAGAAAGAAGUGGCUAUAAAAUGAGAAAUUAAGUGAGAUCAGUCAGAUUUAUGUUAUUUUAAAGUCUUAAAAUGGCUCCUUUACUGAAUCGUAAUGAGCCACUGGAGGUUUAUUUAGCAACACUGGACAAAAUGUGGAAUUUAUCCCUAUCUUUGCUUGAUAGCCCACAGCCUCAGCUCACUUCACUUUAACCUCAUGCAAAUGCACUAUAAAACAAGUGCAUUCAUAUAAAAAACCUACGCCUAAAGAAAGCAGCGUGACACAUCUUUCAAACUUUCCUUUUUUAAUUUCAGUCACAGUAUGAAGUCGGUAGGAGCAUCCCUUAACUCUGGGGCUGGAAAGGCAGCAGCUUUUCAACGUCAGUCUUGUCUAAUAAAAAGUGACCCUGGGUUAAAACUGUGCAGUGUGAAAAGUACAAAAAAAAAAAAAAAAAGUCCUGGAAAGCACAAGGUGUGGUCUAUAUGAGAUGCUUGGGAGUCGUAAUGAAGUUGUGAAUGCUAGACCUAAAAGUUAAGGCGGUGGAAGAUGUCAUUCAGGAGGUCGUCGUGUAUGUGUGCGCGCUCUGAAAGGUUAAGUUAUAAAUAUGUUUUCACCAACUUUCUGUUUUAAUAAAAAUCAAAGUGAAGCUCCGUGUUCCUGCGACAUCAGCUGGAAAUGCAAAUGCAUUGUUUUUUUUGAGGGGGGGAUGUUGGGUGAUGUUAUUGAGUCUUGAAGGCACGGUUGGUGGGCUGAUCCCAGGCAUUUCAUGUAGCUGCUGCCUGACUCCAGGACACAGGAGCAUUAUUCAGCUCUGAAGCAGAGAAACACGGGGCGUCUGUCGUUGUAGGAACAUUAAUUCACCGGAGCCUCCUUCCUUCUUCACAUGAAAAAAAAGCCAGCGUUGUCUGUUGUUGAGCAAAACUCUUUCUCCGGAUUAGCAGUGAGACUAAUGAGCUGGUUUUCUGAACUGGGUUUUACCUUAAUCCUCAUUUAUGAAACACUUCUUCGCUCAUGAUUAUGAAUAUAUUGAACGGGAUUAACGUGAAACCUCUGCACUCGGCUUAACAGAUUGAAACUAGGAAGCCAGUACUGACAUUUAUGGAUCUCAUCAUGUGCUUGUACCGAAAUGUCUCCCGGUGAAUUGAAUUAAAUGCUAAUGAGAAGUAAAGCGUUUUCUCUGCCACACGGCUGAACAGAAACCCGAAUGUUCCCGCUUGUAAAUAAAUAAUAAUAAAAUCAUGCUUUAACUUUGGAAA